AUGGCCCAACCAUAUAUAAUCAUGGAUAUGCUAAGCAACCCACCAUAUGCGUUAACUAUCGAAAUGUUCCUCGCCGCAGGUAUGGCGUUGGACGAUGAUGCAGGAAAGGGCGAAUACAACACGAACUCGGCGCUGUACACUACCUUCGAUAAUAUGAUGUAUGAACUAAGGCAUCGUGGUAUCGACCCUUGGGAGUGGAUUGAAGGUAGUGUGUCCGAAGAAAUGCGAAACACACGCUUCAUCCAGCGUCUGUCGAAUCAGUUCCCACCCGCCAAUAUGGAUAACGAGAACGACAAAGACUACGAAGAUUCUGAAGACUCCGGAGACUCUGGAGACUCUGAAGACUCUGAAGAGAACGAACACAAUGAAUAUGACGAAGACAUUGAAGACGAACUAACAGAUCUGAUGAUGGAUAUCCAAGUUAACCCAACCGAGUUCAAUUGGGACCCAAAUGCUCUGAAGUUCACAGUGGCGGACUUCGUCAAAACGUGCGUGUCGGUCAGCUUCCUACCCGAGGUACCAACCACCCUACAGACAGACCAAGCCUGUUGUCCUUUCUUCGCAAUGCUUGGCCACUUGGUAAAGAAGAAAAUUUCCAUUUCCGAAUUUCUGUCUGGUAAUAUCUCAAAGGAGAAAGAAGACUACCCGGUAAUCGUUUUUCUGUUGAAUCACCCGAACCCGAAGACCAUAGUUACCGAAGCGAUAAAGAAGUUUUGGCCUGAUUGGUACCUGCAUUCCCCACAACUCUUCCUGGAGUUCACCCUCACGGAGUUCCAUAACGCCGUCUACGAUAUGCAUGAUGAGAAAAUGAACGGGGGGACCGGGGAAGGGAUCGCCAAUGUAGAGGCAAUGAACCUAUACCGUCAAUCAUAGCUGCUCUGCACGCAUACUAUGACCAGAUGUCAGCGGGCAUUGUUAGUCCGUUUUUAAACCACGAACAAGCAGUCGGGUUUGUGAAUAAUCUCCAAAAGGUCACCAUCUCCAGCAUCGCUCCCGAGGACAUGAAAUGCCCUUUUUGCUGGAACAUCUACGGUCAAGUUGACGAAGAAGGCGCUAAUAACGACCCCGUACUCACGCCGUGUGGACAUCUAUACGGGCGAGAUUGUCUGGUACAGGUGUUGGAGAGUAGUCGUCUAUGCCCAAUGUGCCGUUCUGACAUGAUCUAACUAGAUGAUGGACUUGAAGUAACACCGUCAGGGCUUAGCCUAGU